UUGAGAAAUUCCCAGAGCACUAAAUCCCACUGAGAGCCCCCUCCUAGCAAUCUCAAGCGCGUGAACCACUCUCUCCUUUUGAUUCUUGGAGUUUUUUUUUUGGGUUUGUUUGAGGGGUCUGAAUUCUGGUGCUGCAAGCUGUUCUGCGUCCCCUAGUGCAAAUCCCACAUGGCUUUUUGAAGGUUUUACAGGAGCUAUGGCUCUUCAAAAGUUUCCUUGUGGUGAUGCACCUUCUGUUAAUAUGAAACCCUUGAGCUUUCUCAGUAAGGUGCAUGGCAACAAUCUACAGGAGGAUGUAGACACAAGUCAUGCCAGGGAACAUGAUUUGGAUGUUGACCUCAGAGAAGUGUAUUUCCUCAUUAUGCACUUUCUUUCAGCUGGACCAUGCCGUAAAACUUGUGCACAGUUCUGGAACGAACUCCUAGAACAUCAAAUUUUACCUAGAAGAUAUCACGCAUGGUAUUCAAGGAAAGGGUUGCAUAGUGGGGAUGGACAUGAUGAUGGGCAAUCAUUUCCUUUGAAUUACGAUAUGUUAGUACCAAGGUAUCCUCACAUUGAGCAGGAUCACUUGGUAAAGCUGUUGAAGCAAAUGAUUCUGAGUACAGCCCCGCCACCGAGGGGUAUGAGUGGUAGAAAUGCCCCUAAUGCAGCUGAUGUACCUACUCUCUUGGGAACGGGCACAUUUUCACUUCUGAGCUAUGAUAAGCAGGAAAAUAACGAAAUGAACCGGCCUGCUGCUUACAUGCGUUGGCCUCACAUUAAAGCUAAUCAGGUGCACGGGCUAGGUUUGAGGGAAAUUGGGGGAGGUUUCACCAGACAUCACCGUGCACCAUCUGUUCGUGCUGCAUCCUAUGCCAUUGCGAAACCAUCAACUAUGUUUCAGAAGAUGAAAAACACCAAGAGGAUAAGGGGUCAUAGAAACGCUGUCUACUGUGCAAUAUUUGAUCGCUCAGGUAGAUAUGUUAUUACUGGUUCAGAUGAUCGCCUGGUAAAGAUCUGGUUGAUAGAAACUGCAUUUUGCUUGGCCAGCUGCCGUGGACAUGAAGGAGACAUCACUGAUUUAGCUGUGAGUUCUAACAAUACUUUGGUGGCAUCCGCUUCAAAUGACUGUAUCAUACGAGUUUGGCGCUUGCCAGAUGGGCUUCCAAUAUCGGUGUUGCGAGGACACACUGGAGCUGUGACCGCAAUUGCAUUUAAUCCGAGGCCAGGCUCUAUGUACCACCUUCUAUCUUCCUCUGAUGAUGGCACUUGUAGGAUAUGGGAUGCCAGAAAUUCUCAACUGACUCCGAGAAUAUACAUUCCAAAACCUUCAGAUACUAUAACUGGGAGAAACAGUGGUCCAUCCUCAAGCACCGUACAGAACCAUCAAAUCUUCUGUUGUGCAUUUAAUGCUAAUGGAACAGUCUUUGUAACUGGUAGCUCAGACACCCUUGCCAGGGUGUGGAGUGCUUCCAAACCAGGCUCAGAUGAGUCAGACCUACCGAAUUAUGAGAUUGAUGUGUUAUCUGGACAUGAGAAUGAUGUCAAUUACGUACAGUUUAGUGGCUGUGCUGUAGUAUCUAGAUUUAUGGCAACUGACACCUCGAAGGAAGAGAAUGUUCCAAAAUUUAAAAAUUCGUGGUUCAAUCAUGACAAUAUAGUUACUUGCUCUCGUGAUGGGAGCGCGAUUAUCUGGAUUCCCAAAUCUCGGAGGUCACACGGAAAAGCUGGUCGUUGGACACGAGCUUAUCAUCUGAAAGUUCCACCUCCACCAAUGCCUCCUCAACCCCCACAAGGAGGCCCCCGCCAGAGAAUUCUUCCAACUCCUCGUGGUGUUAAUAUGAUUAGCUGGAGUCUUGACAAUCGCUUUGUUCUUGCUGCUAUCAUGGAUUGCAGAAUAUGUGUAUGGAAUGCUUCUGAUGGCAGCUUGGUGCAUUCUUUGACUGGUCACACUGACUCUACAUAUGUUCUGGAUGUUCACCCUUUCAACCCCAGAUUGGCAAUGAGUGCUGGCUAUGACGGAAAGACAAUUGUCUGGGAUAUAUGGGAGGGCAUACCUAUCCGUAUACAUCAAACUUCUCAAUUCAGAUUGGUUGACGGAAAGUUUUCGCCGGACGGAACGUCAAUUAUACUAUCUGAUGAUGUUGGCCAACUUUAUAUAUUAGACAGUGGCCAAGGGGAGUCCCACAAUGAUGCAAAAUAUGAUCAGUUCUUUCUUGGUGAUUAUCGCCCCAUCAUUCAAGAUAGCUUUGGAAAUGUUCUUGACCAGGAAACUCAGCUUCCAGCAUACCGACGGAAUAUGCAGGAUCUACUUUGUGAUUCAGGCAUGAUACCAUACCCGGAACCCUAUCAGAAUGCUUACCAGAAGAGACGGUUAGGAGCUCUGGGUUCUGAGUGGCGUCCUUCCUCGUUAAGACUUGCUGUUGGGCCUGACUUCAGUUUAGAUCCAGAUUUUCAAAUGCUACCUUUGGCAAACUUGGAUAUGUUAUUGGCCGAGCCGCUACCCGAGUUUGUAGACGCCAUGGAUUGGGAGCCAGAGAAUGAAAUGCAAAGUGAUGAUGCUGAUUCAGAGUACAAUAUUACUGAAGAUUAUUCUACUGGAGGGGAGCAAGGAAGUUUAAGUUCAAACCCUUCGAUUGAUCCAGAGUGCAGUGCAGAAGAUAGUGACGAGGAUGCUCAACUGGAUGGACUACGAAGAUCAAGAAGGAAAAAACUAAAGGCUGAUGUUGAAGUCAUGACGUCCUCUGGAAGGUGUGUCAAAAGGAGGAACCUGGAUGAGUGUGAUGACCACUCAUUCAGAAGUAAUAGAACAAGGAAAUCGGGUCAUGGCCGGAAAACUUCAAAAAAGAAAUGCUCCACGUCGAAGUCAUUGAGACCUCAAAGACUUGCUGCACGCAAUGCCCUUACACUAUUUUCUAAGAUAACUGGACGGCAUACAGAAGGAGAAGAUGAAGAUGGAUCGGAAGGAGAAAUUUCAGGAAGUGAAUCCACGCUGCAAGAUUUUAAUAUUGAGAGUGAUGGAUCCAAUAGAGAAAAUGACCAAAAUAUGAAAGGAAAACAGGUUUUACUUGAUGAAUCUGUGGACGCGGUCAAAUCUCAUGAACAUCCUGAACUUCAUAGGAAUGCUGGGAGCAGGGGGAGAUUGGUGCUUAAGCUUCCAAGAUGGCCGUCAAAUACAAAUACAACACGUUUGGAUACAGAAGGCACGUUAUGGAAGUGCGAAGAUCCAGCUUUGGUUGAUCAGUCUUGCAGUCACAAUGUUAGUGAAGCAAAUGAGAAUCAUAUGAGCUGUCAGGAUCUGAGGACCUCUCCUGGUCAUGAUUGCAGCAUGUUGGAAAGAACAGUGGGUGGGCAAUCAUACAAAGUUGAAUCUUAUUUGAACUUGACUGAGAAUUACAAAGUUGGUAGUAUAAGAUGGGGAGGGUCAAGAGCUCGAACAUCAAAGAGGCUGAGAGUGGGAGAACCCACAUCAUUGGAUGCGUUUGCCAGUACCAGUGUAGCUGUUGUUGGUCAUAGUGGAAAAGAUUACACAGAAUCUGAAAAGGACUAUCGAAAAAGGUCCCCUCAAUUGGAAGGCCAAAGGAAUGGGGAUAUGAUGGAUGGAGUGGUUAUGACAAAUGGGGGAACUAUUGGGACUAGUACUGCUGAGGGCUUUAAUGGUGAAGCUGAGGCUAAUGAGAACUCUGGUUUUAGUGAAUGCAAGGAUCAUGACCAAUCACCUAAAUCUGUUCAUAUGGCUCCUUGGGAUGCAAGUGCAUCCUCUUUGCUCGACAAGGAUGGGAGUGUUCUCUCUUCUGAACAAAAUGAGAAGCUCACACCAGUCUCAACGAAAUUAAGGGUGCGGAAGAUAUUGACGGGCCCUGAAAGUCCUCGUGAAUGGGAAAUGAGCUCUGUAGUAGAAAAUCUGGCAAACGGUAGUUGUAGCACGUUGCCUGAAAGCCUUCCAUCAAUAGAUCACAAUUCAGAGGAUAAUGGCACCCUUAAAUUUAACUCAGAUCAAAGAUGCAGCGGCCCGCGAGAAUCAGACACUCAAAUUGAGUCGGUUGAGUCCCUUCCAAAUAGAAACAAAAUGUUUAGUUCUGUUUAUAGGAGGGUGAAAUCACAUAGGGGUCGGAGUAAUAUUGAAGGUGAAAGUAGAAAGAAGGGAGAAGGCUCCUCACAAAUUUCCAACAUUGGCAACCAAAAUCUCAUUGCUGCAGUGGACUGCCGUGACGAUUCAAUUGAUGGAACUCGUCAAACACGGUCCAUGGGGUUGAAAACAUCUACAUGUGAUCCAAGUACUGAUCAUGAUCUCAGGUCAAAUCAACGCCAGGAGCCUAGGUAUACAUUCAGUGGUGCCCAGAACAACAUGGCACACAAGUACCAGCUUCGGAAUGAAGAACAGGGAUCAAGUUCAAGGACAGUAGUUGGGUUGAGAUCUACUAGAAACAGAAGAAGUUAUUAUGAUCAUGACAUGGAUCCAGUAGAUAAAAAAAAGUCACAUCAAUCAACGAGGAAAGGAACAUGGUUGAUGUUGGCGGCACAUGAGGAGAGCUCACGAUAUAUUCCCCAAUUAGGGGAUGAAGUUGUCUAUCUGAGACAGGGGCAUCAGGAGUAUUUUGAUCUUGGUAGUUUGAGAGAAGACCCACCUUGGGCAUUUAUAGAGGAAAGAAUAAGAGCUGUGGAGUUUUGUAAAGUUCAAGACUUAGAAUAUUCUUUACUUCCAGGAUCUGGGGAUAGCUGCUGUAAAUUGACCCUUGAAUUUGUUGAUCCUUCAUCUGAGGUGUACUGCAAAUCUUUCAAAAUGACUCUGCCUGAAGUUACUGGAUUCCCCGAUUUCAUUGUCGAGAAAACUCGAUAUGUUGCUGCCAUAGAGAAAAAAUGGUCAUGUAGGGAUAAGUGCAAAGUCUGGUGGAAAAAUGAUGGUGACGAUGAUGGUAGUUGGUGGGAUGGCCGAAUCGUGCAAAUUCAGCCCAAAGCUCCUGAAUUUCCUGAUAGUCCAUGGGAAAUGUGUACAGUUCUGUACAAGACUGUUCCUAAAGAGACACAGCUACAUAGUCCUUGGGAGCUUUUUGAUAACGGUAUUGAAUGGGUGCAGCCCCAGAUUGAUAAUAAGAGCAAAAACAAGCUGCAUUCAGCCUUGGCCAAACUAGAGAAAUCAGCCAGCAGUCGUCAGGAUUCAUUAGGGAUUAAUAAAUUGAAGCAGCUUCAGGAAAAACCAAAGUUCACAAAUUGGUGUGCAGUUCCAGUAUCUCUUGACUUGAUACAGAGUAGGUUAGAGAACGACUACUAUCGAAGUUUGGAAGCACUGAAACAUGACUUCAAGGUAAUGUUGUUAAAUGCGCAAGCCUAUGUAGAAAGCCAUGUGGAGUCUUCAGGGAAAACGAAACGCACAGCGGAUAAAGAGUUUCUAGAGAAACUGCAAUGCCUAUCAGGCUGGUUCACAGAGACAAUUUCGUCCCUGUAGCUGACCAUCUGGCUCUAUUCAUUUUUUGUAGAUAUUUACCUUCCGAAGAUUAGAGAAAUUUCUUUUUGUACCCUAGUUUUCAAUUUUGGAAAUGGAUCGAUGCUUUGGAUAUCUUUAGAAGCAAGUGUAAAUUUUCCAGAGAAAUUAUUUUUGUACAGAUGUGAUAUUGUCAGUUAAUAACAAUAACAAAGGAAAAACACCAUUUUCGUCUGA